AACUUGUCAUAGUUGACAACUAAAUGUAGCUGACUUCAUUUACAUCAAAACAUCACCACGUGUGUGUAUUUUUGUUGGAAUUCAGGCUAUGAUAUAAAAGAAAUGGGAAAAUUCCGAUCUAAAAUAAAGGGAACGACGAAGGGGAAAAGAUGGCAGAAAGGACAGUCAUCGAAUUCCAAUCCGAAAACUCAAAAGUACCGACAAAUGGCAAAAUCCCGGUUUUUUCAAGAGAAUUUGGGUAGUACAGGGUUAACACAACAAGCUGUCCUCAAACAUGACGCCAUGAUGACAUACGGACACAGCACAGGCAAACCUCAAUCAGAGAAGGAAAAUGAAUUGAUUAUAGCUAAAGAGUUGGAGAAUAUGUCUAUGAAGUCCGGGGAAGAUGGCUCAGAAUCUGAAUACUCUGGAACUAUGAGAUCUGGAACAUACAAAACAUUUCAGACAUUUGCAUCAGACUGGAGUCAGUGCUCCAAUGUUAGCUUUAGCAAAUUGCUAAAUAGAUUUGACUCAAACAAUGCACUACAUAAGGAAAUGUUGGCAGUAUUAGCUGCUGUCACAGAGGUGAUUAAAGAACAGGGUGGAAAACAAACCAGCACUGAAUAUUUUGCAGCACUGAUGGAAACUCUCAAAGCAUCAGAAAUCGAGGAGAGUUUAGUAGCUACACUGACUUUACUGUCAAUGGGUGUAAAGUCAGUACCUCAAGGGGUACUGAGAAAACAGUUCUCCGACGCGGCAACUAUAUUCACUGAUAUACUGGAGAAGAAUGCGCAGUCGGAAAAUGGCGCGUUACUGCGCAGUGUGAUUGGCUGUUUGUCAGUAUUACUGAGGGCUCAGGAAUACGCACUUUGGGGUGAUUCGUCUACAAUGCGUGUGUUUGAAUUUUUGCUGGCAUUUACUUUGCACUCAAAACCUAAGGUAAGGAAAGCUGCCCAGCAUGCCGUCACCUCAAUUCUUAGGGGCAGCUGCUUUAUGAUACCAUUGGACGAACAAAAGACUAAGGUGCCCAAACUGCAUCCGGCUGCGAAUCGCGUGGCGGAGUACUGCUUGUCUCAGAUCAAAGCGGAGGCGUUACUGUCUGGCCACCGCACCGUGCUGCACACACUCACCAUGCUCAGAGAUGUGCUGCCUGUGUUCAGUAAAGAAUAUAUUAAGACGACAUGUGAAGCUAUCCUGUCCCUGAUGACGCACAACAAUGUCUACAUAAAGACAUGUUGCCUGCACACACUGCACGCGCUAUUGUCCGCGCCGAGCGGGGGCAGUAACUUGCCAAGCGCACUGGCCGUACAACUGACCCGCGCGCUGCUCGCCGCUCGCCCGCCGUCAAAUGAUGCCGGGCAAGUGCUCGCCUGGGCCGCUGUCCUGCAACAGGCUUAUUGCUGUCUUGCUGGGCUAGAUUUGAAUCUCUGCAUCCCGAAUCUGCCACCGUUUGUCACCAUUUGCGUCACAGAGCUGUGGUUAUCUGAUGUUGCUGACAUUAACUCCGCCUCCACCAAUGCUUUAAAGGCUGUUCUUAUUGAUUGCGUGAAACCGGCUGCGGAGAGCGAGGAAAUAUUCUUGAAGCAUAAGUCGCACAUUGAUAGCUUGUUCAAGACCAUUGGCACCGGCCUCGACAAUCCUUUCAAUCAGGCCAUACGGCACGUCAUCAUGACCAUCGCGGUUUGUUUUGAGAUCGCCAACGAAAGAAUAGCGUACGCUCUAACGCCACUACUAAGGAAACUAAACGACCGUCGGGAGAGCCACAACUUCCACAACCAUAAAGAAGUGGAAUAUGCCACUGGUUGCGCUGUAAAAUCUCUAGGGCCAGAGUUUGUACUCAAAACAAUACCAUUACGAGAAGGACCAGAGACGAUUAAUUUGGACCGUAGUUGGCUUCUGCCGGUCUUGAAAGAGAAGAUAACGAAUUCCAACCUUAAAUUCUUCGCCACUGAGAUUCUGGAGAUGGCCACGUUUUGCAGGAAGAAAGCUCGGGAAUUAACUCAAGCGCAGGAUGUACCAGGAUCGCAUACUUACGAGCUGCUUUGUAACCAAUUCUGGGCGCUGUUGCCAAGUUUUUGUAACAACCCUAAGGAUAUUAAAGAGAGUUUUAAGUUCGUCGCUAGAGUUUUGGGUAACGUACUAAAGGACAAUCCAGAAUUCCGCCUGUCAGUGAUGCAAGCUCUUAGAAAAUUGAUUACAUGUUCCCAAAAUGAUGAUGAGGCUUCGACAGAGUUGGGUAAAUUUGCCAAGAAUUACCUGCCAAUCUUGUUGAAUAUUUACAUGUCUCCUGCGAAGGGCAGCAGCGCGGAGGGACAGCGACUGGCAGCUUUGGAGACUAUUCAGGUGUACUUAACAAUAAGCGAUCAAACAUUAAGAGAAGAGCUAUUCAACAACGCACUGCAACAAUUAGACGCGUCGAAAGACAAGCAUUUCCAAAGGGAAUCGAUAUUGGACAUCAUUCGAUUACUAGUGUUGUACCAGAGUAGCGAACAAAUUGAGAAAUUAUUCGAGAGCUGGGUGUACCCGCUGUGCGAGACUGUUCUAGAAGACCCUAAGAAGUUCAAGCGAGCUAAGAAAGAAAAAGCGGAAGCUAUGGAAGAGGGUGGUGAGAGCAAACCAGCGGAACUAAGAUAUAAGGACAAGGCUCGCCUGAUAGAGAUGGAACACAAAAAAGCAUACAGGAUACUAGAGGAGAUAUUUAAGAGCACAAACGACAACUGCAAGCAGUUCUUAAAGGCGAACUAUAAGAAGAUAAAGAAGCUACUCAUGACCUCACUCAAUAAAGUCGCUGAUAGCAGUAAGGCUGCGAGGUUGAGAUGCAUAGAGCACCUUAUAAACGAAUCGCCUCAGCUAACAGCACAAAGCAAGCUGCUGAAGAGCGCGGUGGCCGAGUCCGUGAUAUGCACUCGCGACAUCAACUCCAAGUGUCGCCAGUGCGCGUUCACUCUCAUCGCGAGUGUCGGGAACGUGCUCAAAAACCAGGACGGAGGUAUGCAAGCCUACCUAGACAUGAUACUGUCAGGUUUGUCAGCGGAUUUGCCUCGAAUAGUGAGCGCGACGCUUCGCGCAGUAGCUUCCGCGCUGUACAACUUCUCAGAAGACAUGGGGCUGGAGACAGUUCAGGGACUGCUGGAGAAGGUCGCGCAACAAAUGCUAACCAACAACCGGGAGAUUGUCGCGGCAGCGAUGAGCGUUCUUAAGGUGUAUACAAAGGUAAUACCGACAGAAGUACUAGCAGGAAGUCUCCCACUCAUAUUCAAGACUCUAUCUUCCAUGUCAGAAGACUGUAAGAGACAUUCUCGACUUGAAAUAGGGUAUUUCCUCACGCGAAUGUUAAGGAAAUAUGGUGCUGACACGAUAGAGAAACUCAUACCUGGAUCUGAUGAAGUUAUGUUACGGAGGCUCAGGAAUUUGAGGAAGAUUGAUAAUAGGAAAAAGAGAAUGAAAGAGAACCAAAGAGACCAACCCGAAAACGAAUCAGAGCUUGACAUGCCGAUCAGAGGUACUUCCAAGACCUUAGAAGAGAUUCUGGCUGACUCUGACUCUGAGAUGGAGUUCAUGGAUGAGGAGGAACCCAGGUCUAAACCCAAGGCGAAGAAGGCGCGCACACAAGCCUGGAUUCAGGAUGAUCCGGAUAACAUUGUCGACUUGGCUGAUGUAUCGGCUGCAAGGAAAAUUACUGCAACGGACCCCAGACAGAAACAGAAGACAACAGAGGUUAAAGCCAAGAAGAAGGACGGUGGAUUCAAAACAGCACCCGACGGAAGACUCAUCAUCACUGACGAAGACUUUGAUGAUGAUGAUGAUGAACAGGAGCCGAGGCCGAGCGGCGACAUUGAUACAGAUACUGAUGAUACUGAUGAUGAAGCGGAAGACAGUAAGCCGUCCAAGCUGCUGAAGCCGGGCGCCAAGCGGCGGUACGACGACAUACUCAGCAUCAAGAGCGGCAAGUCGGGCCGCAGCCGCGCCUCCACCGUCACCGUCGGCUCCAAGUACAAGGCCGGCGGGAAGGGCAUACACAGACCAUUGGGUUCAGCGGCAUCAGUGGCGUCAUCUAUGGGCGGAGAAUACAAGGCUAAGAAGGCGAAAGGAGACAUGAAGAAGAAGGGCAAACACGACCCUUAUGCUUACCUACCGCUGUCCAGGAAAAACCUUAAUAAGAGGAAAAAAGCAGUCACAUCGAAACAGUUCAAGGGUGUUGUGAAAUCGAAGACUAAAGGCGGUAAACUGAAAGGAAUGCGGAAAUAGACAUAAACAUAAAACUAAAAAUGUUUGUUACGUCUGAAUAAUAAAUCUAUAUCCAUUAUAUUGUGAUAAAGAAGCUAUUUAGCUUAGGGGCGAUUUUCAAUUGUCAGUUGUUAUCAAACAAAUAAGUUAUAACCUAACACAAUCAAAUGUAAAACAUAUAAAACCAUAAUUAUACAAAAAACUGCGAAUCUUAAUUUGUUUGUGUUGUAUUAUAUUUGAACAAGUUCUAUCUGUUGAUUGAAAAUUUACCGAUUAUGUAGCCACAGCAAUUACACAUGGUGACAAUCCCGCCACAGUAGCUUUUUUCGCCAUUGUAUAUCCAAUGAGACAGGCUGACAUAAUGUUGGCCAUAGUUAAAAUACACCUCUUUUCUUUGUCAACAUUAUUUUUGGACUGUACUGAUAACAUCAAGCCAAGCGACGUUGAAAAUUCGAAUAGAUAUUAUAUUUAAGAACUGUAUAGUUGAACGUUUCGGUUACUUUCGGCCUUAAGAUAUAACAUCCAAAACAAGUCAAAAAAUUUAACUGUUGUAUUGUGCAGAUAUUAUACUUAGUACAUAAUAGAGGUAUUAUGUAUAGCCUUGUCUUCUUGAAAUGAAAUAAAUAAAUUAUAU